AUGUUUGCUCAAGAUUGUAUUGAUAAAGCCAUGCCAAGCAAUGUAGAGUUAAAGUCAAAUUUAAAGGUGUUGGAUGUUACCUCGGGAAGUGACGUGUUGGCUCUACUCGUGGCGAACAGAUUAAAGUCAAACGGUGGUUCUGUCUACAGAAUGCUCAAACAAGGAGGCUUGGCAACCUUUACAAUGCUGGAGGAGUCGCCUUUCCUCGAUCUGCUCAUCGAAACCUAUGUUGCUACAUUCUCCGCGUUGGGACAGGCUAUCAAAGCUACACCUCAUUCAAUGCAGCAACUGACCGACAUAUCGUUACUCGAGAAGACACUGAGAGCAUCGGGAUUCCUAAACAUUGCCGUGACACAUGUAUCUCAUACAAUCGAGUCUGAAAACAUCGAUAGCUUCCUACAAAACAACAGAAUCAACCCAAUAGUCAAUUACUUUAAGAAUCAACUAGACUCUACUGAGUUGCUAAAUAAGUUUGACACCGUAUUUAGACAACUGCUAGUUGAUAAAUAUUGUUUAGUCGACAAAAAUACCAUUUCAUCUUUGGAGAUUAAGUCAUAUCUAAUAGAAUCAAGAAGAAUUUAUUAA